AUGUUUUCCAUUUUGGAUGAUCUCAGUUCCAGUACAUAUAUUAUGGAAGACAACCUUCGCCAUUUUAUUCUUGAUUAUCCACUUCUCGAAAAGAUUAACGUAUUUCAGCAACUCUACUCACCUCUUGAUGAUAUAGAAAAACCAAGAAAUUACAUAGCAGUCGAUUUUAAGGCGAAUUUAACUGAAAUUCCCUCCAAUGAAUGGGGAGGACUUGUAAAAAACACACUAAAAAAUGAUGGUAGGGUGACAACAUUAAUAGAUGGUCAUCCAGGGCGAGAUACUUACUAUUAUGCCAUUGGUUUAUAUUGUACAGCGCAUGAUCGAUAUAUUGAAAGAGGCCUUCCCACGAACGACAACGACCAAUUAACUAAACAUGUUAGAUUGUGGGCUAUGGUUCCAGCAACGUACGAUAUGAUCUACUGUCCUUCGAUUCAGUCUUAUUAUUUCUUAAAUAACUUUGCGUGCUUCUUUGUUUUCCUUUUAUUCCCACCUAAAUGA